AUGUUGCUUUUACGAAAAUGCAUACACACAAAAAAUCUGAUUUUUUUUUUUAUUUCACACAUUUUUAAAAAUCGAUUUCCCAAAAUUUGGUCCAUAUUUUUUUUUCUUUCUGGGAAAAAAAUAAAAAAAUAA